AUGAUUAGUGCUACAUCAUUCGUGACUCACCUCGGCAGCCGGCCGCCGCGAUAUCGAACCCCUUCCCCUCCGCGACGCGCCGUCGAACCAAUCUCGCCGUGCUCGACCACCGACAUCCAUACCUCCCGAUUUGAGCGCGAACUUUCGGGACCUGCAUCCUCUGAUACUGCCCACUUCACGCCGAGCAAUACGAGGGUUUCCCCUGCGGAUGCCGGGCCAUCCCAUCGGGCAGGUCAUGGUCGAUCAAGUUCAACCAUCGAUACACUCGCGACGAUCGCGCUUGCAACCAGUCCUACUUUUGCACCGCUUUCCUACCGUCCUCCUUCGCAGAACUCUCACUCUACCAUGUCACUAUUCCCUUCUGAACCUACAGAGUCGAUUGAGCGCCCGUCAAAACGAGCGCGGUCGGAAAAGGAUGAAUCUCCGUUCUUGCAACAUCGAUCAAACAAUGUCCCCGAUCCGAUGAUCUCUUCAAUAUCAGAUAGCAUGAAGACCGAUGCAGAACUUUUGUUGAACUUUGCGCGCCCAGCAAAUCUCCACCCACCCGCUCAACCCUCCAAGCGAAUUAGUGCGGAUGAAUCUUAUCACAAUUAUGGCUUCCACACACCGAGCCAAACCAAGUCGAAUUCAUUGUGGGCCUCCAACAACGAAGACUCGGGCAGCACUUUUCCGACACUACCAAGUCUCCCGUCGUCGCGUUUAAGAUCACAAUCAGACGGCUCCGCUGCCAUGUCCCGUCCCGUGAUUCCAGGUAUCAGGCCAAACACUAGUUCAUCCACACUUCCACCCCUAGCUUGGCAGGAUGAGGCGGACACUGGGAUCAAAGACUGGGGUUUUGGAUCCACAGCAAUUGCUGAGGAUACCCAAGUCAGCAUUCAGGAUUCGAAUUCAGCGUCAGCCGUCCGUUUUCACAGCCAGCCACUAAAAACGGAGGAUGACGCAGAGCACGGAGAAAUCAGCCAGGCAAACUGUGCGGCGUGUAAUCUCGUUCGAAUACCAGUCGAUACCAGUGACCAAGAUGAUGUCACAUGGAUCAGCUGUGAUGGUUGCAAGCGGUGGUAUCAUAUCGUCUGCGCUGGUUUUAAGAAUGACCGGGAAACCAGGACGGUUGACAAAUUCAUUUGCAAAACCUGCCGGCCUGCGCACGGUCAAACUACCUUUGUCCGCAAGUCGUCUCGCGCUCGUACCUCGAUUGAUUACGCAGGUCUCAAUCAGGGCUUAGUGAAGGCCGCUACAGACUCAUUGGAGCAUCAUUACAUCGAGCCUAUCAAACAGAACAAGAUUCGCUUCCUCCCGGAGACCUUCCCCCGCAUGCGCCCUGAAUUAGUCACUGCUGAGUAUUUUGAGCGAGGCAAUGGUAUGACAGAACCGAUUGUCAUUCCCGCCGAAUACAACAUUCGCGAAUCAGUCCCGUUCAUUGGCCCUGAAUUUGAUGCUCUCGUUCAAGAAGCUUCGACACAGGAGAUGUUUGACGAACUCCUCGACAAUCUUCCGGAUACUGAAUUUGAGACGGUAGUCGACUGUGGCCAAGACCAAUUGGAUAUGAUCAUCCCACAGGGCUUGACUGUCAGGGCAGUCUCUGAGCUCUACGGUCCCGAAGAAAGGGUAGAGGUCAUUGACGUCAAGUCCCAGCACGGUGAAGAUAAGCGGUGGACAAUGCAGAAAUGGGCAGACUACUACGAAAGUGCGGGUACCAAGGUCGUCCGGAACGUCAUCAGCCUUGAAGUCUCACAAAGUAAACUCGGUAGGCUUAUUCGCAGGCCAAAGGUUGUGCGCGAUCUUGAUCUUCAAGAUGCGGUUUGGCCUGAGGAGCUAAAGGCUGCCGGGGACUAUCCAAAGGUACAAUUCUACUGCUUGAUGUCAGUAGCCGACUGCUACACGGACUUCCACAUUGAUUUUGGUGGCUCUUCGGUUUAUUAUCACAUCCUCAAAGGUAAAAAGUCUUUCUUCUUCAUCCCGCCAAAGGACAAGCACUUGAAGAAGUAUGAGGAAUGGUGCAACUCGCCCGCUCAGGACUACACCUUCUUGGGAGACCAAACCAAGGAGUGCUACCGUGUUGAUCUUUCUGAAGGCGAUACCAUGCUCAUUCCGUCCGGUUGGAUCCAUGCUGUCUGGACCCCUGAAAAUAGUCUGGUCAUCGGUGGAAAUUUUCUUACUCGACUCAACUACGGAAUGCAGAUAAAAAUUGCCAAUAUCGAAAAGGAAACGAAGGUCCCUAUCAAGUUCAGAUAUCCGUUCUUCCAGAAGAUCCAAUGGUUCACCGCGCUAAAGUAUCUCGAGGAGGAUCCAGUGCCCCAAAGCGUGCUAGACUCUUUCGCACAGGAUGAAAACUAUCGCUUCUAUCGAAGGUACCCUAUCUACUACGAGUUUGGAGAGCGGGCCAACACUGAGGCUUCUGGGUCACCAUACCACAAUUCGCGUUUUUACUCUCAAGCUGAAUUAGAAGGCCUUCCUGAUCUUGCCAAGUUCCUUCUUCGGACUGCGCUGAUUGCUGGCUCUUACCUUGUGGAGGGGGUUACCGCUGAGACUCGCAAUGCUGUCAAGAGGUCGAUACCCAAGAUGUCUGGAGAGCCCAUUGAUAUAAUCCGAAUGUUCGGGGUAUGGAUUGCGUGGAAACGGGGCAACGAAAAGGCUGCACCGUGGACUCGCCCGGGUGUCGUUGAAAGUAAUGCCAAACUCAGCCUUGUGGAGAAGAAGCCCGCCGGAAGGCCCAGUCGCCGCUCGGAACGUAACGCAGAGAACCAGCGAACAUAUGCAGAGAGGCAAGCUGUGCAGCGUCUCUCGGAGCGCCCUGUCGAUGACCCUCAUGGGGAGAAAGAAGUCAUCCUUGGCAAUGACGGCAUGGUGCCUCCGGCUAAUGUCUCUCCCCCCGCGCCAGCUACUUCCAUUCCAGCGCCAUCCAUUAACGAAGAUGCCACUCCCAAACCUCGAACUACCUCACGCGGUUCUGGCUUAGGUCCUAAACGGGUCGCUUGUGAUGCAUGCCGCAAGCGAAGGAUCCGAUGCCAUCAUAAGGAAGAGAACGGUGGAGGACAAAACCAGCAAAUUGCAGUUGGUGCUCCAAGCUUGGGAACUCACACCCCUACGGCACAAGAUGCAGCAUCCGCACUGAACUCAUUAGCCGCAAUUGCAUCUAGUGCUGGUUUCCAAAAUGGUCACGGCGUCGCCAAGGGUGCUGAUCGAAUGGAAGUUUCAGUCAAAUAUGCUGGAAGCAUGGCUACUUCUCAUGGGCCAGCGGUGAAAGGAGUUGAUAUCAGCCCCGAGGGUCCAAACUCUGCCAAGAAGGGUCGUAGCAAAGCCUGUGAUGAGUGUCGAAAAAGCAAGCGUCGUUGCAUCCACGAUGAAUACGGUCGCAUUGAUCCUGUGAAGGCUUCGGAACGAUCAAAGCCCCGGUCAACAAGUUUAGCAAAAAGGCCACGCCCCAACGACCAAGGUCCAGGUCCCGGUGCUAGUAAACGGUUGAAGCAAGAAAGUACCUCACCGGUAGCACGACCGGUACAGUUGAACGCCCACGAUGCAGAGACCAGUCGUCUUCAAGCCGUUGUCGACGAUGCUUUGCUCGAGAAAUACCCACAAUCGGCCAAAGUCAACCCACACCACCCGGAUGCCAUGCUUGUCGACAGAGAAAUGCUCGCUGGACAAAACUCUUAUGCCUCGCCACCAGCGUUCCAGGCGGAUGGGAUCGCUAACAAGGAUCUGACCGCCACUGUGUCGAAACUUGCUGCUACACUGGUAUCUCCUCCGACCUCACUGGCGGAUGAGACGGACAUUCAUGACCAAGUGGACGGCGAAGGGGAACACGCUGCUGCCCUUUAUACGCCAUCCUCGGGUUCGCGUCAUUCUUCCCGCCAGCCGCGCCAAGUUGAAAGGUAUAUGCCAGAGGUUCAUUUUGUCAAGACGACCAAGCCAGCAGGUAACCCACAACAACCUGCUCGCCGCUCGUCCUUCAGUGCGGCAAGUACCACCGUGCGGAAGAGCACACCCGGAGCAUCAUCUGGACCCAGAAAAUCCGCGUCGCGGCCCUCCUCGUCCCAUGGCAAGAAUAGCAUGUCUCCGUCUGUGGAGAAGAAGUUUGAGCGCCAUGCUGCCUCUUCCACGUCACCCAGCCAGCACAACAGGGGAACGAAGCUGGCCGAUGAUGACGCCGACGCCGAAAGUAUGCGCCUCAUUCGUGAAAUCCAAGAGCAAGAAUUCGGCUUACGGCGUCGGGCGGGGCGAGUGUGA